AGUUUAGUUUUGACUGCUACAAUAUGAAAAACAAUAAUUUACUUCUUCAAUGGUAGAUAAGAUUGCACUUAAAACUGCUUAAAGUAUUUUCUUACUGCCAAAAAUAACAAAUACAAUUUUAAUCUUUUUGAACUGUUUUGUAAGUCAACUAAAAUUGGCAAUGUAUGCGAAAAAAUACUUGUCUAUAAUUAGUAUUAACAUUUACUAACCAAUCACUUUUUGACUGCGACUAUAUAUGAAAUUGGUGACUUUUAAGAUCUAUUUUUAUCGUGUCGUAUAUUUUUUUAUGGUUUACUGUAUUGUGUAUGCUGCAAUUUGUUAUUUGAUUAUGCUUAAUAUUAACAAUUGCUAAACGAUCAAUCUUAGACUUUAACUAUAAAUGGACAUUAAGCUUUAAAAGCGGCUUGUAAUUUCUAAAAUCUACUUUUACAGUUUCUCAUGUAUUAAAUUUUAUAUUAUUAUAUUUUAUAUUAAACUUAAUGUUAUUAUUUUAUUUCCGGCUAAUGUCACUGUGGCUGCAACUGAUUUGUAUAAAUAGGUUGUACAUUAUUCAGUCUUGUAAUUUAUUGAUUAACUUGUUAAGUGCAAUUUUGUGUUGUUUGCCUUGACUGCCGCAGAUGUUGAGAAGAUAACGUUGCAUUGUCUAAGGAUUCAUUACACACGAACUGCACAAACAUGCGUGGCUGUGAGUGAUUGUGUACGUGUGUGUGUUCGUUUGUGUGUGUGCGUACGUGUGUGUGUGUGUUUAUUGCGUAGCUGAUCAAAUGUGGCAGCCGCAAGCAAAGCAAACUUCAUUUGUUGCGUUUGCCAAGAGGGAAAAACGAAAUGCGCGCAAUUUUGAGCGCUGCUACGUGCAAGCUACAAGGUUAUGACACACACACACACACACACAUACACAGGCACGCGCGCGCACACACACACACACAGAGGCAUGGCGAAAAGCGAAAGCAGCAGCCAGCAGGAAAAACGCAGAAGCAAAUCAAAACAAAAACACACGCGAUUUACCGGCAAAAUGCACGUGACAGCAGCAGCAGCAGAAGCAGAAUCAGAAGCAGCAGCAGCAGGACCAGCAUUAGGCAGACAGACAGAUGGCCAGGGGAGCAGAGGGGCAGAGGAGCAGACACAGGCAGGCGACGAGCAUCGUCAGAGCUCGUGUAAUCACUUCGUUCAGUUGCCGAUCUGCUGCGCCGAAUCCAACGAUGCUGGUCAAAGGACUAUAAAAGGACGCAUCGCAUACGUAGCGACGCAUUUUGUCAGCAGCCUCAGUUUCAAGCAGCAGUGGGAAAAAUAAAACUCUUGAGCAUUACACGAGCGAAAAAUCUAAAGUGAAAACAAAAGUGGAAAACUUAAAGCACAAAGUGACUUGGCAUAUUGCCUAAAAAUUCAGAUACACAGAUACACACGUGUGUGUGUGUGUGUGUGUGCUGCUGCAGUUGGCCAUUGUGGAUUUCUAUUUUUGCGCCAUUGUAGACAGCGUGUGAAGUGUUUGUCGUUGUGGUAAUAAAAUCACCAUUACUGUUGUUGCUGUUAUUGUUGCACGUAACUGUAGCUGGCAUUGAGCGACGGCAACAACAGCGCAGCAAAACUUUAAACUGCAGCCUGUGUGUGGCUUAAAGUCGAAACCAGAAAACCAAAGCAAAUAUCGAGAAACGAAAAAAUUAAACCAAACAAGUCCUUGCCACGAAGCACACGAAAGUUUCGAGUGUUUUUUGGCUCAAUGUCAGUGAAUUGAUUGGCACACAUUGAUCGUGUUGUGCACGAGAGUGUGAGUGUGUGAGUGUGUUGGCUUAUAACAAAUAGUUAACAACAUUGACACUUUUUUUUAUCUUUUGGGGACCAACAUGUGGUCCUUGCUACGUAUGCGCCAUAAGCCACUGUGGGCUUUAAUAUCCUUGACGAUAUUACUGCUGGUGUUGGAUAAGAGCCAGGCCAACACAGAACCGCCAGCCGUCGAGACCACAACAACAACGGAGCCAGAUGCAUCGCCUGGUUGCCGGGCGCCGGAUGUUCGCUUCACCAUUGUCAAACCGGAAAUGACAACGGAGCAGCCGUAUGCGAAGUUUGAGACAACACAGGUCUAUCUACCGGAGGACUUUACCACCGCCGAUGUGGAGUUUGUCGAUAAAAUGCAUGCGGCCAAGGAGAAUCAUGCGGCCAUUGUAAAUCCCUAUUCGGUUGACUUUGGCGAUGAUGACACCCAUCAUGGCCAUGAUCUGCAUGCCGGAGAUGCGGCUGCAAGUCUAGUGGACGACACAGAUAUUGAUGAUGAGCAGGACGAGCUGCAUGGCGCCGAAUUAGAUGAUGCAGCCCGCAAGCGUCUCAAUGCCAAUCGCAAACAGGGCAGAAAGCAUCGCACCGGCUCCGGCCGUCGUCGUCGCCUGGAGAAUGAGAAUGGCCAGACAGGACGUGGGCGUGGCAGUCGCUAUAAGCGUCAUGCUAUACUGCACGAUGUGGAUGCCUCCCCGGACACGGAUCGCUGGGCUGGCAGCAAAUUGGCCGCCGAGGGAGAUGUUUACUAUGUGCACAUUGCGGACAUACUGAAAUCGAGGGAACCGAAUCGCCAGCUGCGCGCCAAGCUGCAUCGGCUGAAGCAGAAGGCACGCCUGAGCAAAUGCCUUGUGGAUGGCAGCAGCGAGAAGUGCAUUAAGCUUUUGGCUAAGCUCAAGGCCAAGCAGGCGGAGCAGCAACAUUUGGAUAAGCAGCCAGCGCAGCAUCUGGAUGAGCAGCCAGAGAAGAAACUGGAUAUGGAUUUGGAAGUGGAAGUGGAGCAGCAGCAGCAGCAGGAUCAUCAUCGUCGACGCGGUGACAGUCACGCUGCUGAGCUCGACCAGCGUGACUUGGAACCGCGUCCCUGGCAUCGACGUCGUCGCAGCAGCAGCAGCAGCAGCAAUAACAGCAGCAGCAGCAGCAGCAACAUUAGCAUCAGCAACAUCGAUGCCAAAGGCGAUGAUGGCCAGCUUGAGGUGGAUGCCAAAGUUGGCAAUCAGUCGAGCAGUGCAGCAGUGGCCCUGCAACGUGUAAAGCGCAAGUCGGGCAAGACCACGGGUGCACUGAGCCGUCCAAAGGGUGGCGGCGAUUCCAGCUCUAAGACCACCAGCCGCAAGGAUAAGGGCAUCUAUGAUGAGGAGACCGGCUACUCACCAAUGCACACCGACGACUCCGAAUUCGACGAGGAUGAGGAGGAGGAUGAGGAGAUUGAUAUAUUGCAGCAGUUUACCGAAGUAUCAGAGAUACGUUUCCCAGGUGAAAUUGGACCCAUGGGCGAUCGGCGACUCUGCAAGAUACGUUGUGUCAAGGGCAAGUGGGUGGGGCCGCUGUGUGCCACCAAUGAGGAGGAUGACAACGGCAACGUGAAGUUUCAGCCACUCUACAAGAGCUGCCAUGUCAAUCGCAUUCCGACUCAUCUGCUGCUCAGCUAUCGCAACAUCUCCGUGACACCGAUACCACCAAAUCGCGGCUGGCGUAAAACGCGCUUAUCCAAAUCGACACUUGUCUCAAACACAGAAAUUAACGUCGGCUGGGAUCUGCCGCAUGGCCACUCGCUGCAGGCACGCUGCCAGGAGCUGGGCAUCUACAAGCUGCUGGGUGAGUCGCGUGUACUAUGCUCCAAUGGCCUCUGGGCGCCACGCAUGCCCAGCUGUGUGCCAACCACCGUGCUGACCAAUUACUCGGAGGACAGUGCACCCUCCAUACGCGUCAAGAUCUUCAACGGUUCGCACUCCUUCGAGCCAUCCGGCGUGAUGGCUGUGCCGCCGCACAGCACUGUUCAAAUGGAUUGCAUGUAUCCGCGUGUCCGUGGCACUCCCGAAUGGAGCUGGACCAGCUGGUAUAUGCAGUAUACGACAGGAUGGUCGCCUGCCGGCGAGGAGAAGGCUGUAAGAUAUCGCUUGAGCAUCAAGAAUAUUGAGAACAAUGAUUCGGGCACCUUUACAUGUACUUCGCCGCGCGGUUUGACGAACAGCAUUGCAGUGGUGGUGGCCACUUCGACGUGCCCGCAGCUAACGGAACCGAUGGCGCCGCUCAGGCUGCGGCUCGAGGGCAAUAAGUUGGGCCAGCGAGCGCACUAUGAGUGCCCCGAGGGCUUUAGGUUGGAUGGCGCAUGGAAUGCCACCUGCCUGGCCUCCGGCAAUUGGUCAUCGCCGUCGCCAACAUGCCAUCCCAUUCAGUGCCCACGACUCAUUCUCGACGAUCCGCAUCUCAGUCUCAUUGAGCUCAAUACAUCGGCAUGGGGGCGGGCGGUGUUCAAAUGCCAAUGGGGCUUCAAGCUGACCGGACCGGCGCUGCUCGACUGUGAGCCGACGGGCGUCUGGAGUGGCCCAGUGCCACGCUGCAAAGUCAUUCAGUGCGUGAUGCCAGUGGCGCCACUAAAUGGACGCGUUGGGGGUACCAGUUUGAGCCAGAGGCGUCUGACUGUUGGCGCUUUGGUCACAUUUAGCUGCAACGAUGGUCACACUCUGGUCGGCGAGUCGAGCAUCAUAUGCACGGAGAACGGGUUCUGGUCGCACUCGCCACCAUUUUGCAAAUCGCAGUGCCCCUAUCCAGGCGACCCGCCCAACGGUCUGAUCGCCCCGCUCAAAUUCAACUACGAUGCGGGCGACUAUCUGAGCGUCCAGUGCCGGCCCGGCUUCAUACAGAUCCAGACGAACGAGGAUCAUACUACGGGGCCGCCCGAGCGGCCAAAAUGCCAGCCAGAUGGCAAGUGGUCAGGACCGUUACCCAAGUGCCGCAGCUACGAGGAGGUGUAGCUUGCCAACCGGUAUUAAAUCUAAUUGGAAUUGGAUUUCGAGGCGGCAGUCCAGUUUGUCGUCUUUUCGACUUUUGCUCGAGUUGGCAGGCCGACAUAUAGUAUUAUGUAUACAAUUUUGAGGUAGAACCAAAAAUUCCAAAUUCAACAAGAUAAUAUAAAAAUGAACAUGAACAAGAACAACAACCCGAGUGAUAUUUAGAUUAACUUAGUGAGAGGUAUCAAAAUUAAUUACCAUAAUUAUUAAAUAAUUUUUCAAAUAUUGGCCCCAAUUGAACUUGACUUUAAAUCACUCGCUAUCAACUCUUAUCUUAACUUGAAUAUGAAUACUUUACAGUUCUUUCUUUUUUAUAAUGCAUCCAAACGCUCUUCUAGGCCCACUUAAAUCUAUAUCAAGUAUUUCAUGAGAGAGAUGUUAAGUGCUUAAGUGCUAAAUGAAAGAUAUUACCCCAAAAAACAUGACAAACCUGAGCAACUUUAUGAAAUGAAUAUGUAACAUACAAAAAUAUAAACGUUAAAAUGUUAA